GACUAUCCGACAGAGGAAUCUCAUAGGAUUAGGAUGUUUUUACCAUUACCUCUGGAGUUAGAGGUACGUGUAGAGAGCGGUUGCUGGCUGUACUGAAAAACUUACUGGGAAUUUCAUGAAGGACAAAUACUCUCGUGGAAGCCAGCAGGACAGAGAUUUAUCAACUGCCGAGCUCAAUGGCUUAUGGGAAGAGCAUGCAUAUACAUUGACAGGAACCAAUGAUCUCUUCCCAAGGAAUUAUGCCAUGUCCCCUGGAGAGAAAGACGUGGACACGGAGGCUGAGGUGGAGGAUGAGGUGGUCUCUGGUAAAAGUUACUGGAAAAGGAAGGAAGCUUUGAGGAACAGCACCAUCUCUUUAGCCGUGGGAGAUCAUUUCUCUACAGAUGUGAUACUGCGGUUUAGUGGCCGAAGGCGGUCCACUUUGGAGCCAGACAGCGUGCUGCAGGAAGCUCUGCGCACCAGACUCCGGGUUGUCGAGAGCAACAGCCAAGAUGUUAUUCAGCUUUUUAAGGAUCUGUCUGCACGCUUGGUUUCUGUUCAUGCUGAAAAAGACAGCUUUGUUAUUACAUUUAAGACUGUGGAGGAAAUCUGGAAAUUUUCCACGUACCUUGCUUUAGGAUAUGUAGCAAGGUGCUUGGAAAACUUUCUGUGUGACCAUUCGUUCUGGCUGGACCCUGUGAAGCUCAGUGAUGUGGAAAUUUGUGUGACAGUGGAUGAGGAACAUCUGGCCACGCUUUAUCUAGGGCUGCUGCUUCAGGAGGGUACAUUCUUUUCCAAGGCUCUGCUUAACAGUGAGCUAUGUACAGAAGAGGAAGACCAACUGGCUUACAGAAAGGGUGACCUUGUUAUGGUGAAGGAUAUUGGGCAGGAGUCCAUGUGGGAGGGAACCCUGCUGUCUACUGGUCAGCAUGGCCUGGUGCCUGUUCAUAACAUGCAGCCUCUGCCAUACCCUUUCUACCAGUGGUUUCUUCGAAAGUAUCCUGGCAAUGCAGAAGGAUUUUCAUCCUCAAAAAGACUUAUCGAGCACCCUGUAGGAACAGGUACGUGUAUAGCAGUGGUGGAUCAUUUUCCUGAGGACAGAGAUGAACUGCAGUUCAGUCAGGGGGAUUUGAUAGAGGUAGAAGGAUUACUCAUCAGCUCGCUCAACGUUUUCAUUGGAAGACAUCUGAAGAGUGGACAAAUAGGAUUUGUACACACAGGCCACGUGAAACCUGAGGAUUUCAAACCACUCAAUGGACAAUUGGUCUUUCUGAGCGAGGAGGAGAAAGUGGCUCUCUCACAGUUUAACCCGUGUCAUGAACAGUGCCACACUGGCCUAUUGGACAAACUAUUGUCCGAUGACAUCAGCACUCUAUACAGAUUAGACAAACUUGACGACUCAGAUUUCACCUACAUCAGAAACCAGCCCAAACAAGAGCAGAAACCUUCAGUGGACGUCAGGAAGAGCACUGCAUUGGAAAAAAGUGAAACCCCACCCUAUCACUCCUCCCCACAACCUUCAUUUUAUGCCUCUCAGACUUACCUCGACAGGGACCAGGAGGGUCUCUCCUUUAGCCUGGAGGACACUUUUCGCGAGCUGGACGAGUAUGAGGAAGAUCCGCCUUACAUGGACGAAGACAUCUGGGAAUCUGAAGAGCCCGGGUUAGUGGAUUCCACUCUGACCUUUCUUAAUCUGGACCACUUCCAAGACUCUUAUCAACCGCUUUAUGACAUCUCCUACUCCUUCCUGGACACAGUGUUUGGUGGCCUUUCUGAUAAUGAGGUGCUCUCGAAUCUGGAGAACUUGCGAGAGGGAGCAAAGAAGGGAGGGAUGUUGUGGGCCUAUCGCCGAACCUGCUUUCUUUUGGGUAGGUUAAGUGCCAAGAAGCUGAAGUACUCACAAGCCAGAGUUUACUUUGAGGAGGCCAUGAAGGUCCCCGUGAAAGGCUUUGAUGACAGACCUUUGCUCAUCGCCUUGUACACCAAUCUGACAGCCGUGUACCUGAAACAAAAGAUGACAGACAAGCUUCCCUUUACCUUGGACAAGGCAAGUUCUCUCAUAUUGUGCCUACCCUUACAUAACUUCUGCUCUUUGGAUGAGGUGGAACUGCUGAAGCCCUUGCUCCGCAAAGCCGUGGUCGAUAAUGACAAGCACCUUGAGGCACGGACUUGCUAUCUGAUCGUGAAUGUAUUCCUGCAGCACAGAAAGACUGAGGAAGCCCUACAUUUUGUAGAAAGACUCCAGUUCCUCACAAUAACUCUUUCAGCCGAGGAAGCAAGGCCUUUAGGUCCAGUUGACCUUAAUUGGAUGCUAUGCAGACUCUACCACAGAAAAUACCUUCCCUACCUUUCACUAGCCUCUCUAAGUCUAGAUUCAGACCGGGAACAUUCUUUGGAUGACGCUUUCCAAAAGAUCGAACUAUUCCUUAAUAACUCAGUCAGGCUGAAUCCACGGUGGAAGGAUGGCACUACUCUGCUUCCAGUUCAGGUGGUGGUUUACUUGCAGCAGGCCUUGUCUGUUGCCAGCUGCAGAGAAAACCUAAGGACCCAGAGAGACCUGUCCCUGUGUCUGGCCAGUGUGUAUCAGCAAUACGGUGCCUUAAAUAGGGCCGUACCUUAUGCUGAACAGGCUGUUCAAAUAGGGAAUAGCAUCAACCAAGAGGAAGGCUUUAAGGCAUCAGUACUCUUGGCCUGGCUUCUAGUGCUCACAGGGUCUCUAGAGAAAGCUCAGUCUACUCUGCAACUUCUGCUUAACUCUCUGAAUAAAACAGACAGUCCAACUCAAUGUGGUGUCAUCCAUAACCUGCUUGCUCUUUGUCUGCACAAACAAGGAAUGGUUAAAGAAGCAGCAACCAACUUUUAUUAUGCUCUGAAGAUCUCAGAAGACGAUGGAAACAGGCACAACGAAGCUAUUGCUUUAGCUAAUUUGGGCUGCCUUGCCUUAUCGAUAGGGGCACCAGCCCUGGCAGAGUGUUUCCUGGUCAGAUCUCUGCAUCUCUUCCAGUUUCUUUCUGAGACCCCCUCAGAUGAAGAGCAUGUUCAGACUCUGCUCUGGUUGGGCAGAAGUUACAAAGAUAGAGGAGAAAGUCAAGAGGUCAGGCUGUGCUAUGAGAUGGGUCUUCUGAUUGCCAUCAACGCCAAAAAUCUGCGCAGUCAGAUGGUUGUCGCAAAGGUGCUCAGUCGUCUCUAUGCUGAUUUGUUGCUGUAUGGGCAAUGCAUCAUCUACUACGAGCACUGUGUGGGGCUAUCCAGAGAGCUGAAAGAUAAACAUCUAGAAGGAGAAUACCUGGAGAUUCUUAGCAAUCUCUACUUGUCACUCAAUACUGAGAAAUCUUCACGGAUGUCACUGGACUACACCAAACAAAGCCUGAGGAUCUCCAUAGACUUGGGAAAACGACAGGAAGAGUCAGAGACAUGGCUACAGGUGGGACGCAUCUACUACUUGAUUCAUGAAGAUGAGUUGGCUGACAUGUAUCUCCAGGCUGCUGUGAAGACUGCAUUGAGGAUAAAUGAUCCAUGCUUUGCUUUGAGCAUUUAUGAAGAGGCUGGAGACGUCUUCUUUAAAGGACACAGAAACCGACUGGCUGCCCUGCCAUUUUUGAGAGAUGGAAGUCUGCCAUUUUCAAGAUACAUUAAGGAUGUACAUUCAGAGUUCAGGCUGCUGAGUAAAAUUGCUGAAUUGCUGUCAGACGAGGGUAAGCACAACGAGGCUCUGCAGUACGCUACGCUUGCAGUAGAGGUCAGCGCCUUGACUGGUGUAGGUCUAAAUGAAAGGGUAGCCUAUCAUCGUCAGGCCUCGAUCCAUUUCACUCUGGAACAGCACGAGUUGGCUGAGAACUACUACUUGAAGACUCUCUCUCUCUGUCCUGUUGCGCUGGAACAUUCAGCUGAGGCUCGCUACUAUGUUAAAGUUUAUCGCAGACUAGGAGAUCUAACACUGCACAAGCUAAAGGAUGGUUUUGAUGCAAUGGGCUACUUCCACUUGGCCCUAGCAGCAGCCCUAGAGGAUGAAGAAAGCCUUCAAGACCAGUAUAUAAUUUACAUGAAGCUGGCGGAGAUCCACGCCAACCACAUACCCGAUGCAAAGCUGAGCCAAAGGUACAUGGACAGUGCACAAAACCUAAAGAGGAAACUGGCAGGACAUAUAGACUCCAGUGACAUAAAUCCCAGAUGUAAGGACUACACCAAUACUGAACAUCCUGAUGUUAAGUAUAUUAGUCACUUCAAUGCUGAAACAGAGAACCCUAACCUCAGCAAGGAAAGCAGUAAACCUCAAAGCUCCAGCAUGGACAUUAUUCAAACAGCAACUGCUGAGAAAGAGGCCGAGACAGAGCCUGUUCCUGCUGACUACAACCACAAAGAGGGUACAGACACUUGGAACCCAGAGGACAAUAAUCAUGAGUCUGGAGACCCUGCAGUAAUAGAACAAAUUAAUCAAAGAAUCCAGACAAGCCUUACAAAUACUAGUUUUCUAUGUACAGAGUUUUAACUGCUGUAAUGCGGUGUAAUAUAUGAACUAUUGUUUAUUUCUACUCCCCUAAAGCACUUAAUUAUAAAAAAAUAAGUAUUUAAGUUUAAUAAGUAUUGUUUAAUCAGUGCAUUUUGUUUUUUUCCUCCAAUUACAGAGGAAAUGUGUAUUAUUUUACUUCUCUGAUUUUUCAGAGCAAUGACAUUUGUAAUAUAUUUUAUGUAAAUAUGCUAAAUUGUAUGUGUAUUAUAAUUUUGACACUCAUUUCUUAAUGUUUUCUUUUUUCUACCUUUUAUGAACAAA